GUUUUGUGUUAGAGACAUUCCAAGUUAGGCGAAAUCAUGGCGGACAGUUCGGAACAUUUGGAGCGGGAACGCAAGUUGAUACAAGUUGGUAUUUUAACAGUGAGUGACAGUUGCUAUGGUGGUCAUGCAGAAGACAAGAGUGGGAAAAAUCUCAAACAGCUUAUUGAGGCAAACGAUCUGUCCACUGCUAAAAUAUUACAUGCUGAUGUUGUCACUAAGGAGAUUGUACCUGAUGAGCUUGAGAAAAUUAAGGGAAAGUUGGAAGAGUGGAGUGAUCACUUGAAAUUGGAUUUGAUUCUAACAACUGGAGGGACUGGGUUUUCUCCAAGAGAUGUUACUCCAGAGGCUACAAAAGCUGUACUGGAACGUGAGGCUCUGGGCAUCACAAUUGCCAUGAUUGUUGGAUCACUGAAAAUCACCUCUCUGGCCAUGCUGUCUAGAUUGACUUGUGGAAUACGAGGGAAAACAUUGAUCAUAAAUCUUCCAGGAAGUACAAAAGGGUCAGAGGAAUGCUUCAGACUGGCUGUACCAGGUAUUCCCCACGCUGUGGACUUAUUAAAGGAUGCAUCUGCCCAUGUGAAGGUUACCCAUGAUGCACUGCAGUCUCACGGUGUGGCUCAUUCUCACAAUGUGCACAGAAUGAAACACUCCAACCAUGGAUCACAUUCUCACAGUCCAGAGAACACUGGUGAUGUGCAGUUUGAAUCGGUGAGUGCCACCAACAUGACCUCAUCACAGCUCAACCAGGGACAAGAUCUCAUGAAACGAUGUGUCGAAACCUCCGGCCUACCACUAGAUAGCAAUUCACAACACCAUAACGGUGCUCUGAGAGAACCAGUGUCAAUACGUCUUCCCACUAAAACGGUACUACUUCCUCCAACAACACACGACGAUAUCAGCAAUGAUUCAGACAUUAGAAGUUCUGCUGAUCCAGGUCACGUUGAAGGUUGUAUGAUUGGUACGCAGCCAACCAGAAUGUCCGAUAUAUCCGACUUCAGUAAGUUUUAUUUUGUCACCGAUUCAUCCAGUCAGAUGCAGCAGUACAUCAUUGUGAAGAAUGAUGACCAGAUAGUUUGUAGCAGUGGACAGGAUGGAAGCAGUGUUGUUGAUGUGGAUUCAUUUGAUGAUCAUCCUGGUGAUGAUGAAAGUGUGGAUAUAUCUGAUCACGGUGUCAUGCAUACGGCCGUACCAGACCAUACGAUUUUAAUGAUGAAUGAAGGAAACCCGAAUGUGCCCGUCAAUACCAUGAUGUGUGAAAGAAACAUAAUAAAUGUGCCAGCGAGUACAGUGUCAAUGAUGAGUGAAAGAAAUACAGCGAUGCCAAUCGGUAUAAUGUCAGUUGGUAAUGAAGGAAACGAUAAUGUGCCGGUUAAUACAGUGUCAAUGAUAAGUGACAGUAGUGCUGUUCUGCCAGGUGAUAUCGUGUCAGUAACACGUGACAAAAAUGAAAAUAUGUCAGACAAUAUGAUGUCAGUAAGUGCCACAAAGCCAACUGAUCAAGUGAGCACGGUGUCGGUGGUGAGACCAGAGAACACAGUGACAAUGGAAAAUGUGGAUGCCAUUUUGCAUGCAGCUCAAUCACAAGAGAAUGGUAAAGACAUUUAUAACUUUGAUGACAGUCCUGACAAUGUUGACUCUGAUUCGAAGAGCAGAAUGAUUUCACCAGUGAUAGAUAAAGUGGUUAAGUUGAAUACAUCCAGCCCGAUUUUGAAGGCCAACAUCCACAAGAGUUCUUGUCAGGGGGAGGUCAUUUAUGUGCCGGUCGGUACUGCUCUUAAGGAUUUCUUGAAGACACAUCCGUUGAUCCGUGGCAUCUACUUAAACAAGGGAAAGCGGGACCUGAAGCGGGAGUUGGUGGCCCUAAAGCGACAAGACCAUGCUGUCGACACGGGCAGCUGGAAGAGAGGAAGACACAUCCACGAACGGAAUCGGUUCGAUGACUCGUUUGAAUACACGGACGCAGGAAGAAAGAAGAAGUCACAGCUGGAAAGAAAGAAGAUGAGAGACAUGUAUGUUGUCAACUGGUACGUGUGGUGUCCGGGACAUGGCAACUGCUUACGACGCUGUGGGGUAUACGGAUCAUGCAAUGCUGGCUGUGGAGGAAAGAGUCACCGACAGGAUCGACACAACUGUAGUUUCAUGGUCAAUCUGAAGCUGUAUCUUAGCGACCUGACUGAAUGGCGAGUGCACCUCACUGGCUCCCACGUCCCUGAUCAGUCUGGAGUUUCGUGGGAACCUCCACCUCCACACGUACAGCGUCUGUCCGAGGACAGGCGGGACGCUAUCAUCCUGUAUUCAACUGGAAUGACCAACUCGGCCGACAUUUUGGAUGUGCUUUCAAGUGACCCCAACAACGAAAUGGAUGAAGAAAUUGUUUCCAAACGUAAAAUUAGCAGGUUUUUAUCAAGCAUGAAAAAACGUAGGAAGUUCCAUUCGUAUGAUUGUAAGAAAAGUAUACCUGUUGGGGAAAUGUCAGUUAAAAAUACAUCAUUUUGUGAAAGGUCUAACAUACAUAAUAAUACAGCUAAAGAAAGUGUUGAUAAUACUGAAAUUGAAUGUUCUCCUUCUGGAACUGUUUAUCAACAGUUAACUCAUGCUGAGCAGAGAGCAGAAGGUGAUGUCUUAGAGAUAAAAAGCAUAUCCUGUGAUAAGAAUGUUAAAUAUUUCAAGAUUGUUGAUCCCUCGGGUAAUGUUACUUGCAUUAAUACUGGGGACAAACUUUCCAAGUUCUUUGAGAAUAUUGACUGUAACUCUCAAGUGAUCAAUAUGCCUAGUAGUUCUCAGGUGAUCAAUACGACACCCACACCACAUGAAUACAGCCCCAAACUGCCACCCAGUUGUAUGGACGUGAUUGUUGUUAACCCAUCAGAGAUGUCACUUUUACAGGAUUCAGGCUCUUCUGACAUUGGAUCACUGCUUGCAAGAUGUCGGCAACAUGACACAGCAAACUAACUAAAGUGGCAGUAGAAAUUCCCUUCACAAAACUAGAGGAUAUAUCUUUAUUUUUGGAUUUAAUGAAGGUUCUAACAUGUUGAUAUGGGCACAAAGAUCGGCUGUCUAAAAGCUGUUCAGGAUUGAGUUAAAUGCACAAAGAUUACUCUAAAGGUGCUAUUCUGUCUUAUAUUAAAUUAUCUAAGCUUACUUCUGAAUAUUCUAUUUCACAUUUUAUUUUAGGGGCAGAAAAAUAUCUUGAGAUGCUAAAUUUUUGUCAAAUUAAAAAUAUAUAUAUACAUGUUACAUGUCAAAUUAAAAACCAAAAAAAACCCCAUAUUACAUGUCAAAUUAAAAAAAAAAAAUGGAGAUAGCAUUUUUUGGCUCUAAUAGAAUUUCAGGCCUCGAAUUUGGCAAAUAAGAGGGCAAGACCAUUUGGCCUAAACUGAUGGAGAUUUAUGGGAACCAUUACGACCAGAAGGCAGGGCAACAAGGCAAACUUCAACAUGUGUUUCAGCAUAACACGAGAGCACACAUUCAAAAUAAAUAAGUGUAAAAAGUUUCAUGAAUCUUGUUCGAGUAUGAUGAUUAACAUGCAAAAAACAAUUAUGCAUGGCCAGUUUGGCUGUGGAACUAUUGAAGGCAUAGGAGUACAUGAAUAGGGCAUUACAGCAAUUUGCUGCAUGGUCAUAGUUAAAUUCGAGCCCUGCAUUGUGUGAUAUUAAUGGUUUAGUUUAAGUGAAGAUACCUUCUUAAACUUAACAAUUUUAUAACUGUUCAUAUACAAAUAUUUAUUUAUUUAAUUUUUUUAUGGAGAAAAUACUUUUGCAUAUAUAUGUACAUGUAUGUAGUAUGAUCAUCCAUUGACCUGUGUUUGAUGAAUGUUUUUAUCCUGUGCCCGCAUAAACAUGUGUAAGAUUGGUAUUUUUCAUGCAAGAGAUCCUCAUGGAAUACAUAUACAGAACUUCACAUAGUUUUCGCUUCCUAUUUAUUGCACAAGUUUAUCUUGUGCAAGAGUAUAUAUACCAUGAGACGGUGUAGUGGUUGAGUGGUAUGUUCUUGCACAAAAUAAAUGAGUGCAAUAAAUAAGAAGCAAAAACAGCGUAUGUGAACUUCUGUAUUUAUUACAUACUUUCUUUUAUUUUUUACAAAAAUAGUUUUUAAUUAGGGACGGUCCAUAAAUAUCGAUGUGCUUCACAAUCCGAACAAUGUUCGGAAGGGGGAGAGGGG